GCCGCCGCUGGAGGCGCGCAGCCCCGCUCCGGCUCCGCACCCGGACGAUGUUGCGCGCCCAGAAUGCUCCACAUUCUGCUGGCGGUGCUGCUGGCGGCGCUCCUCGGCCUGCGCCUGGGCUCGGGCGCGCACGAACUACCCAGCCCUCCAUCCGUGUGGUUUGAAGCAGAAUUUUUCCACCACGUCCUCCACUGGCAGCCCAUCCCGAAUCAGUCCCAGAGCACCUACUAUGAAGUGGAGCUCCUGAACUAUGGACUAGAGCCCUGGAAGGCAGUUCCCACCUGUAACCAGACCCAGGUGGUAUCCUGUGACCUCACCAUGGUGACCCUGGACCUGUACCACAGCAACGGUUACCGGGCCAGAGUGCGGGCAGCGGACGGCAGCCAGCACUCCAACUGGACCACCACCCACACCCGCUUCUCCGUGGAUGAAGUGACCCUGAAGGUCAGCAGCAUGAAGCUAGAAGUUGACCGUGGCUACAUCCGCGGGACAAUCCAGCCCCCCAGGCCCAAGGUGGCCCCUGCAGGCGACAUGUAUGAAAGCAUCUUUGAACACUUCCGCGAGUAUGAGAUUGCUAUUCGCAAGGUGCCGGGAAACUACACGUUCACAAACAAGAAGGUAAAGCAUGAAAGCUUCAGCCUCCCAAUCUCUGGAGAGGUAGGAGAGUUCUGUGUCAAGGUGAAACCGUCCGUGAGCUCCCGGAUCAACAAGGGGGUGUGGUCGGAGGAGCAGUGCAUAGUCCUCACCAAGCAGUAUUUCACCGCCACCAACCUUGGAGUCUUCUUCACCUUUGUUCUGCUCUGCGGAGCUCUGGCCUACUGCCUGGCCCUCCAGCUGUACGUGCGGCGCCGGGGGAAGCUGCCGGCCGUCCUGGUCUUCGAGAAGCCCAGCCCCUUCAGCCUCAUCAGCCAGGUUCCCUGCCCAGAGGCCCAGGACACCAUCUACCCCCUCGACGAAGAGGCUUUCCCAAAUGUGACUCCUGAGCUGAGGAACUCGGAACUGCAUGGCAGCACGGACAGUGGAUUUGGCAGUGCCAAGCCAUCCCUGCAGACUGAAGAGCCUCAGUUCCUCCUCCCUACCCCACAUCCCCAGGCCAGUGACACUUUAGGAAAGCAGAAGCCCUUGGAGCCAGAGGACACCUGCAAUGGGGGCAGCAGCAACAGCACAGACAGCGGCAUCUGCUUGCAGGAGCCCAGCCUGAGCCCAGGGACAGGGCCCGGCUGGGAGCAGCAGGUGGAGAGCGACAGGCAGGGUCAGGAUGACAGUGGCAUCGGUUUAGUCCAGAACUCUGAGGGACAGCCUGGGGACACACAGGGUGGCUUGGCCUUGGGCCAUGCCAGCCCCCUGAGAACUGAGCCGCCUGGGGAAGAAGCCCCAGAUGUGGUGGUAUGCCAGGGCUACCUGAAGCAGACAAGAUGCACAGAGGAGAAGGCAAUCAAGGCAGACUGCCUGGAGGAAGAGUCCUCUUUGACAGAUGCCCUCAGCCCCAAAUUCAGGACGUGCCUAGAUGCCGAGGCAGGCUGGCCCCCACCAGCCCUGGCCAAGGGCUAUGUAAAGCAAGACCCCCAAGAAAUGACUCUUAAUCCCUCAGUGCCCCCCACCGGACAGUGGAACCAACCAACUAAAGAAUGGCCGCUCCUGGGCUUGCUCAGCUGUGAUGACCUGGGAACAUCGGACUGGAGCUUUGCCCAUGAUCUUGCCCCUCUGGACUGUGUGGCAGCCCCGGGUGGUCUCCUGGGCAGCUUUGACUCGGACUUGAUGACCUUGCCCCUGAUCUCCAGCCUGCACUCAAAUGAGUGACUCGAGCUAAGGGUUUCAGCCAUGCCUGCUCCUCCAAUACCUGACACUGGACAAGGAUUUUCCUUGCGGGAGGAGGAUGGAGCCCCAGAGGGGGCAGCAGUGAACCAUGAGGUCAGGCUGGGCUGGCUCAGGUGCCAGGGGCAGGAGGGCGGCUAUCACUAAACUAGUGCAGAGUGUGUGGGUGAUCCCGGUCUGCUCUGCUGAGUGGGGCCUUGCAGGCUCCAGCUCCUCCCUACUCAGGACUCUUUCCUGCAUCAUAAAGCAUUGUUUGCUCAGGGGAACCACAGGUUUUUCUGGAGUUGUGGUGAGACUGCAGGCUGACAUUGGCUUGGAUCCAGGCCCUCCCACUCAGGCCAGCCGUGAGCCAGGGUGGAGGGCUGGGAGGAUGGAGGCUUUAGGGUCUCACUGCAGGGGUCACUACUAGGCAGACAAAGGAGGGAGUAGAGGCUGGGUCUGGGAUGGUUGGAGCUAGCCAUCAGGCUGCCCUGGUCACAUGGAGGAGCUCCCCACUGGCCUUCCAGGAAGGGAGACUGUCACUGGAAGAUCAUAAGGUGUAUCUGCCCUGAUCAGUCAGGUGACAGAGGAGAUGAAGGUGCUGAGACCUAAAAGGUGCUUCUGGCUCAGAGCCCACCCCUCACCAGUAGGAAGUGUCUGGUGUCCACCUCCAGACAUCUCCCUUUUUCCAGCCAAUAGAGCUGCACACCCCCUGGGUGCUUGCAGUGACCCAGCCGCUCACCAUCCCCAAUUUGCUGCCCCCACUGUCCUGGUGGUUUGCAUUGGUCAGACUCAUCCCUUCAGGCAGCUUCCGGGCUUGGACACCAGCUCCCGUCUGCAUUUGCAUUUGCUACUGAUGUGCAGCUACAGACAACAGGGCUCUGGGCUGGGACCCUGCGCUCUCAGUGUUCUCAGAGGGCCUCAGUUUCCCCCAUCUGUGAAAUAAGGACUCUCGUGGUUGGGGGGCGGGGUCCAUGCUGUGUGUUAGUCAGGCUGGCCCCUGGGGCGACAUUUGCAACCCGGCCUGACUCUGAGCUGGGAGGAAGUGGACUCCAUGACCAGAUCUGUGCAGAAACAGCUUCUUUCUCAUGCGAGGCUGACAGAACCUAGCAGGAGUCCCUGUCACCACACAAGGAGAGCUGCUAGGCACCGGGGCUGCUAGAAAGGGCACCAACUCCCUGGAGUCAGUUUGGAAUCUGUCUUCAAACAAAGCCAGUUCACAGUUUGGGCAUGAGGGAGCUGGAAGGGGUGACUUUCUCUGUAGCGUUCUGAGACCCCAGCCAAGGGAAGCCAGCUGUGACCCCCCCACUCUGCCAAGAGCUCUAAGGUGCCAGUCUGAGAGCUGAACUCUCCAGAAACUUAGGCUUGCAGGGGGACUUCCUCAGGGUUCCCAUCAAAGUUUUGUUUAUUUAUUUUGUUCAUUUAUUUAUUGACAAGGCAACAUAAUACAAUGAGAGAAUUUGGGCAUUUGAGGAACCAUUGAGUUCUAGUUCUGACUCUACUGUUUACAGCUGGGUGUACUUAGGCAAGUCACUUUUCCUCUUUGUGCCUCAGUUUCGUCGUCUGUGAAACUGGAAAACACUGCCUGCCUUGCCUAGUUCAUAGGGCUGGGAGGUUUCGUGAGAGGAUGGCUGCGAAUGUGCCGGGAACACAAAGCUGUGUAAAUGAGUGCUGCAAUAAAUUGUCAGGACUGCAGGGAUCUUGUGGAAUCAA